GUUUCCUAUGUGUAUCAAGAAUGGUCCAGCACCCGCAGGACAUUCAGCCAACUUGACACAACUGUGGGAAGCAGUGGAGUCAACAUGGAUCUGACCUCUUCCAUUGGAUGAGUACCUGUUCACUGGAGCAUCCCAACGGGCAGGAGGCCGACUCUGUCCCCGCCAAGAGGCUCUGCAAGGGGGAGUGCGCGCAGGAUGGGUCGGUCGGAGGUGGAGGGGGGAAGGCAAGCAGGGCCGUGGAGGUGUCUAUAGUCAUACCAGUGCAUAACGCCUCCUGCUGGCUGGAUGAGUGUCUGCAGGGGAUUGUGGACCAGGACUACACUGGCUCUAUGGAACUGUCUGUCUACGAUGACGCCAGCACUGAUGGUUCCAGAGCGAUAGUGGAGGGAUGGAGGGAGAGGCUGGAAAGGAGAGGUGUUUCCAUGGUGAUCUCUGGCCACGACUCCGCCCAACCCAGGGGAGUGGGUCAUGCCAAGAACCAGGCUGUGUCUCAGAGCUCAGGAAAAUACCUCUGCUUUCAGGACGCUGAUGAUGUGAUGAUGCCUCAGCGAAUACAUCUCCAAUACGAGGCCUGCCUCUUCAACUCUACCUCUUUGAUUGGCUGUCAGGUCCGCAGGGAUCCAGAGGGAUCUACUGAGCGCUACACACGCUGGAUCAACAACAUCAGCCAGGAUCAACUCAGCACCCAGGUGUACACCUCUCACGGCCCUACGGUCAUCAUGCCAACAUGGUUCUGCUCCAGGGAUUGGUUCCAUUGUGUCGGAACCUUUGACGAGGGCGGCAAGGGAGUUCCAGAGGAUCUGUUGUGGUUCUAUCAGAGUGUUGGUCAGGGAGGAGGUGUGGUCAGAGUGGACCAGUGUUUACUAGUCUACCGCUACCAUCAACAAGCUGCUACACACUCUGUCCUGGAGGAAACCAUUUGGAACCUCCGUGUGGCCUUCCUCCAGGAGAGAGUUAUCAACCAAUGGGAAUCCUUCACCAUAUGGAAUGCUGGGAAACAGGGCCGGAAACUAUACCGCUGCCUCAGUUCCUUCAGUCAGAAGAAGGUUCGAGCGUUCUGCGACGUGGAUGUGAAUAAGAUCAAGAAAGGCUUCUACACCUAUGAGGAGUCCAAGGAGAGGCCCAAGCCUCAUAUCCCUGUACUGCACUACAGAGAUGCCUCUCCACCCUACAUCAUCUGUGUCAAGCUGGUGAGUAGAGAAAGUGUGUGUGCGUCUGUGUGUCCUGUUGUUCGUUGUUCCAGAUCGUAUCUCCGCCAGGUCGGUAAUCUCUGCUAAUGGUAUAAUGA